UCUCCCCCCACGCGGGUCCUUUGCUCUCCCCCCACGCGGGUCCUUUGCUCUCCCCCCACGCGGGUCCUUUGCUCUCCCCCCACGCGGGUCCUUUGCUCUCCCCCCACGCGGGUCCUUUGCUCUCCCCCCACGCGGGUCCUUUGCUCUCCCCCCACGCGGGUCCUUUGCUCUCCCCCCACGCGGGUCCUUUGCUCUCCCCCCACGCGGGUCCUUUGCUCUCCCCCCACGCGGGUCCUUUGCUCUCCCCCCACGCGGGUCCUUUGCUCUCCCCCCACGCGGGUCCUUUGCUCUCCCCCCACGCGGGUCCUUUGCUCUCCCCCCACGCGGGUCCUUUGCUCUCCCCCCACGCGGGUCCUUUGCUCUCCCCCCACGCGGGUCCUUUGCUCUCCCCCCACGCGGGCUUCUGAGAGGGGCCUGGAGGCAGCUCCAGGUGAGCUGCCCCAGGCUCCAAAGAGACGUGGGGCUGUGGACAGGCCAGGCCUGCUCAGGCACUGA